AUGUUUAAUCGAAAUAAUAUCCCAUUCACAUCGAGGCAACCUCCACCGGAUCCGCGCCGGGGUGGUUACGAUACUCCCAUGUCUGAUGGUGGUAUGUCCCCCAGCAGGGGAGGCUACGGAGCUCCCCCGCCACAACAUAGAGGACCACCACCACCAAGUGGGAGAAGGCCAGUCAAUGAUGGUGCAACUUGGACAUUACGCUCGGAGAAGAGCCCGAAUACUCAGUACACAUAUGGAAAUUUGGUCGCUGUUUCAACUGCCGAUUUUCCUCCUUCAGCUUUCGGGCAAGAGUUUUAUGUCCUCAUAAACGACCUUUAUGUUCUAUCUGCGCGCCCACUUGAUGGCUUUCAACCCGGAUACAUUGGCUUUGCGGAGAGACAACGAAUGUGGGCUAGGAUUGCCGUGACGGAUUCUGUGAGAGUACAGAUCUAUGACCCUUUCCGACAAGAGAGGAAGGCAUAUCUUGGUUCCGCCGAUGUCGAAGUAGGCUUCGCCGGAAAGACCAGGACAGAGGAACCAUAUGAUCAAAAUGAGCUGGCGCAUGCUGUUAUUGAGAAAUUCAAAAACCAGAUUUUGGCACCGGGCCAGAAAGUGUUGAUGGAUCACCGAGGAAUUCCUCUUUCGCUGACCAUCAAGACCGUCGAGCUGGUUGAUUUGAUGUCUGAAAAGCAACCCCAACAACCGACCGAGGGCGUCGCGACUGAUCCAACAGCUCGAGGCAUUCUCACUCCUCAUACAGUAUUCAACUUUUACAAAGAUGCAAAGAGCGGGCUUAACUUAAAAGCAUCUGAUCGCAGACCUGCCGCCAAUUCUAUUAUUCGACCUGAUUUCAAGUUCGAGAAUAUGGGUAUUGGCGGUUUGGAUUCCGAGUUCAGUACCAUCUUCCGUCGUGCUUUUGCGUCGCGAAUCUUCCCUCCCGGUUUGAUCGACAAAUUGGGUAUUCAGCAUGUCAAGGGUAUCCUUUUGUAUGGACCACCUGGAACAGGAAAGACAUUGAUCGCACGACAAAUCGGUAAAAUGUUGAAUGCCAGAGAACCGAAGAUCAUCAACGGCCCCGAAGUGCUUAAUAAAUAUGUCGGUCAGUCCGAGGAGAAUAUUCGGAAAAUGUUUGCCGAUGCAGAGAAAGAAUAUAAAGAAAAAGGAGAAGAGAGUGCGCUACACAUUAUCAUCUUUGACGAACUCGAUGCCGUCUGCAAACAGCGUGGUAGUGGAGCUGGUGGUGGUACCGGUGUUGGUGAUAGUGUUGUUAACCAACUGCUAUCCAAGCUUGAUGGUGUGGAACAACUCAAUAACAUUCUCUUGAUUGGUAUGACAAACAGAAAGGACAUGAUUGAUGACGCGUUGCUACGUCCCGGUCGUUUGGAAGUACACAUGGAAAUUAGUCUGCCAGAUGAGAAAGGUCGUGCUCAAAUUCUGAAGAUUCAUACUCAGAAGAUGAAGGAGAACAACGUGAUGGAACCUGAUGUCGAUUUGCUGGAACUCGCCCAGUUGACAAAGAACUACUCCGGUGCUGAGAUUUCAGGUUUAGUUAAGGCUGCAACAUCAUUUGCUUUCAACAGACACGUCAAGCCUGACACUAUGGCCGGUAUCAAGGAUGAUGUUGCUAAUCUGAAAGUCAGACGAGACGACUUUAUCAAUGCUCUUGACGAAGUCAAACCGGCGUUUGGUGUCGCAGAAGAACAGCUUGAAGACUGUAUUCAGCAAGGCAUCAUUCACUUUUCUGACAGGAUCAAGGAUAUCCUCAAUGAGGGAAAUUUGUUCGUAAAACAGGUUGGUCAAGAUGGUGGAACUCCUCUGUUCUCGGUCUUGUUCCAUGGCCCUCCCGCUAGUGGCAAAACUGCACUCGCGGCACGCAUAGGGAUGGACUCAGGUUAUCCUUUCGUUCGCCUGAUUAGCCCGGAAGACAUGGUUGGCAUGACUGAAUCGGCAAAGGUUCAGCAUAUCACCAAGAUUUUCUCAGACGCUUAUAAGAGUCGUACCAGCAUUGUGGUUGUGGAUAACAUCGAGCGACUCAUUGAAUGGGUACCGAUUGGCGCUCGGUUCAGUAAUGCUGUACUCCAGACUCUGAUGGUACACAUGAGGAAGGCUCCUGCGAACGGACGCCGGCUUUUGAUUCUCGCAACCACGACGGAACGUCGUCUUCUCAAAGACCUAGACAUGUACAGCUCCUUCAACGCCGACAUCGAAGUUCCCACAGUGAAUACCUACGAGGAACUGCGACACAUUCUCGAAGGAUCGCAAACCUUCACACCUCAAGAGAUUGAGGGCAUCCUUGGAGGUAUCUACAGCAUUGAUGAUGACAAGAAGAUCGGAGUGGGAAUCAAGAAGAUCUUGUUGGGCAUUGAGACAGCCAAACAGGACAUUGACAAAGCAGGACGGUUUGUGAAUGUGAUUAAUCGGUUGAUAGACCAGGAUAGAGGGCCUGCUUUUUCAUGA